AUGAGCUGGUUAUGGACGAAGAAGUGGAUAGUUCUCAAUCCACGUACUAUUGAUAUAUACAAGAAUGAUUCUGCACCUGCACCACAAAUGGCUAUACAAUUGAACAAGAUUAUAGCAGUAGAACGUACAGAUCAGAAGCCAUUUUGCGUAGAGAUUACCACAAACAAAGUUUACAGCCUGGCAUUCAAAUCAGACGAUGAGUUAUACGCUUGGUUGGACGAUAUCUACAAUGCCAGUCCAUUAGGCGUGACUACCCCCACCGAUUUUGUACACCAAGUGCACGUCGGUUUUGACCCAGUUUCUGGUGCUUUCACUGGUUUACCUGAACAAUGGAACAAAUUGCUACAAACAUCAGCUAUCACAAAAGAAGACUAUGCUAAAAAUCCGCAAGCCGUUUUGGAUGUCUUAGAAUUCUACACUGAUCAGCAGAGAAGAGAAGAAGUUGGUUACAGUCAGGGCCAGAAAGCUGGUCAAACGAAUAGAUUCCCACCUUCAGGUGGUACUACAUACACACCGCCUGCAGCUAAUGCUAGAUUUGGUAAUGGUACUGGUUUGGCUGGUCAAAAUGCUGCCGCACCUAGGGCAGCUCCACCUCCACCAGCACAACCGGUCAAGAAAGAGAAAGCCCCAGCUACUACCACCCAACCUGCCCCUCAAGCAACCCAAAAAGCUCCACCACCUGUAAAACCAUUGCUUACAAAUAAGAAAGCAAACACUCCAAAUCUCACUCCUGCUCAACAACAAGCUCAAGCUAAGCAACCACAACCACCGUCACCAUCAAAUGAAGAACCUCCAACUCCGAAAGUCGCAGAGAGACGUAUAUCCGCUAUGAAUGAUACACAAAUUAUGGAAAAGUUGAGACAAGUAGUUAGCCAAGGUGAUCCUAAUAAUAUAUAUUCAAAGAUCAAGAAAGUUGGUCAAGGUGCAUCAGGCAGUGUUUAUGUUGCAAAAAUACUUGAAAAUGGUCAAAAAGUUGCAGUUAAACAAAUGGAUUUGAGCGCACAACCGAGAAAGGAAUUAAUUGUCAAUGAAAUUUUAGUUAUGCAAGAAAGUCAUCAUGCUAAUAUCGUUAACUUUUUGAACGCGUUCUUAAUUAAGAAUGGUGAAUUAUGGGUCGUUAUGGAAUAUAUGGAAGGUGGUGCAUUGACAGAUAUUAUUGAUAAUAAUGAGAUUGAGGAGGAUCAAAUUGCAUGUAUAUGUAGAGAAACUUGCAAAGGUCUUAAUCAUCUUCAUCAACAAUCAAUCAUCCAUAGAGAUAUUAAAUCUGAUAAUGUUUUGUUAGAUUCACAAGGUCACGUUAAGAUAACAGACUUUGGAUUCUGCGCUAAAUUAUCUGAUCAGAAGAGUAAAAGAGCGACAAUGGUUGGUACACCAUAUUGGAUGGCACCUGAAGUCGUUAAACAAAAAGAGUAUGGUGCUAAGGUUGAUAUUUGGAGUCUUGGUAUUAUGGCAAUAGAAAUGAUAGAACAAGAGCCACCAUAUUUAGAUGAAGAACCACUUAAAGCUCUAUACUUGAUUGCAACUAAUGGUACACCAACAUUAAAGAAACCAGAAAGUUUAUCACGUGAAUUAAAGUCAUUCUUGGCUGUUUGUUUAUGCGUCGAUGUUAAAUCACGCGCUGCAGCUGAUGAACUUAUAAAUCAUGAGUUUAUGCAAAAGUCUUGCGCAUUAUCUGGACUUGCACCCUUGUUGAGAUUUAGAAGCAGACAAUAA